UGGAUAGAAUACUCGUUUCCUAAACAAGUCGUCGGAGGUAAUCCAGGUAGAGAGUAUUUGAUGACUAGACACAGUUUAGGAUUUUUAGUGAUUGACCGUUUAGCCCAAAAAUUAGGGGUGAAAUUAACUAAAGAAAAAUCCCGAGGCUUGUAUUAUAAAACUGACGACUAUAUUCUCCUGAAGCCGCAAACAUAUAUGAAUAGUUCCGGCGAAUGUAUUUCAGUUUUUAUGAAUUUUUGGCGAAUUCCUAAGGAAAAUUUAUUAGUAAUUUAUGAUGAUAUUGCAUUACCAUUAGGACAAUUUCGUUAUCGUGAACAGGGUUCAAGUGGUGGGUAUAAUGGAAUGAAAAAUAUUAUUGAAAACUUAGGCACAGAUGAAUUCAAACGUUUACGAGUUGUAUUGGGAAAGUUCUCUUUACCAGAAAAAGCAGAAUUAAAAAAAGUAUUUCCCCUUUUAGUUGAUGGCUAUUAUUUGUUAGAACCUUCUUCCCUUAUUCCCCAAAACGAUCCUUCUUUAUUAUGGAUUAAUUCCGGGGUAGCCACUUUAAAAAAGUAUUUUAAUAAUCCUAAAUCGGCUCCGGCUCGUAAUAUGGCUAAUUGCCAACGAGUAAUUCGCACCGACGAUUUGGCUAAUAUUAAUGCUCAAUCUUAUCAUCAAACUUUAUUUGAAAUGUUAGGCAAUUUCUCCAUUGGUAAUAUGGGUGAUGGACCGUGCGGACCUAAUACUGAAAUAUACUAUGAUUUUCAAGUAGACGGCACACCACCAAAAAAAAUUACAGACUUAGAUAGUAAAAGGUUUUUAGAAAUAAGUAAUACGGUUUUCCCCGAGCUUUAUCAUAAAGGAACUGAUUAUUUGCCUUUGGCGGAGAAAUGCGUCGAUACCGGAGCCGGAUUAGAACGAAUUGCUAUG